CUGUCAAAUAACAGCUGAUCACUCGAUCUGUGCAGCUGAUGCCCGAUGUGGGCUAGGGCUGUUUUGUUUUUUACUUGAAUAUUUGAUUGCAUUUUAAUAUUUAUAUAAAAAUGGAUGUAGUUGGGCUACUUAAUAAUAUAAAUAAAAAAUCAGACAUGUUUGCUGUAAAAACUUGGACGUCGGAGUGGUCAAAUAGUUUCCAAGAAAAUCAACUGCUCUGGUCGUUCUGUGGAUGUCUUCUAGUCUCACUAUUAGUUGUAUUCAUCUAUUAUUAUAGAAGAUGGAGAGCGAAAGAAUUAUCCGAGGGCACAGGCGCCACGGCAGCUGGGGAACCGGCGAAAAGGUUUCGGAAACGAGACAAAAUGCUCUUCUACGGACGGCGUAUGUUGAGGAAGGUCAAGUCCAUCUCCAACUCAGGCCAGGGUCGGAAGAGGCGAGCUGUUAUGAGGUUCGCCAGGAAGUUACUGCAGCUAAAGAAGGAAAGCGCUCCAGAACAGUUGAAGGUGCUUGAACCACCAGCGGAAUACUUGGAAGAGGAUCUGACGAGCGACGACCGGGUCCCACCAGACGCAUUAUACAUGCUUCACAGCAUCCGAGUGUUUGGACAUUUUGAGAAACCAGUGUUCUUAAUGCUGUGCAAACAUACGGAGAUAAUUAAUCUGCCAGCCGGCUCGUUUUUGUUCAAAGUUGGUGAUACAGACGAAAACGUGUAUGUUGUACAAAAUGGGCGCGUGAAUGUGUAUAUAUCGAACCAGGAUGGGAGCAGUCUAUCAUUGAAAAUAGUACGAGCCGGUGAAAGUGUUACUUCGCUUUUGAGUUUCACUGAUGUGUUGACGGGUAAUUCUCAACCGUACAAAACGGUAAAUGCCAAAGCACUAGAAGACUCUCAAGUAAUUAAAUUGCCCAUGCGCGCUUUUCAAGAGGUUUUCAAGGAGUAUCCAGAUAUAUUCGUCAGGGUUAUACAGAUAAUCAUGGUGCGCCUGCAACGUGUGACGUUUACAGCUCUUCAUCAGUACCUCGGUCUUAGUGCGGAGCUGGUUAAUCCUGGUCGCGAAAAGCGUCGUCCAAAUACCACAACCGCGUCUCCUAUGAAGACGGUAAGGCCAGUGGACUGUAGUACAGCGACGCAUUCUCCCAGCCACAGCGAAAGACUCGUUACUGAACAUACACAAGAAGGCAGCAUGGCGACGUCAUCUCCCAUACACAUCCAGGGCCGAAGACCCAGGUCCGAUAUGCCCGAUGUUACCUCUAACAUACCACAGCAAUCACAGCCCGAUGUCCAACCCACGUCGUCAUUCCAAAGACCUAAAGAGGGAUCAUCGUUUAAGAAGCAUAACACUGAUAACCUUGACGAACAGGCACUAAUACAAAUAGCAACAGAGGCCUUCAUAAAGGAGCUGGGCUUGGAGAACGAUCAGUUAUUGACCGGGUGCGUACAAGUGAGGGAUCUUCCCGCUGGAACGUAUAUCAUGAAGGAAGAGAGUCAUAAGGAUGUUGCGUUGGUAUACCUACUGUCUGGUGCGUUAUUGGUAUCGCAAAGGGUAGCUGAAGGAGAUGGAGAAGUUCAUAUGUUCACGGCAUAUCCAGGUGAAGUGGAAGGUGGUUUAGCCGUACUGACAGGCGAGCCAAGUUUCUUUUCGAUCCGUGCGAAGCAUUUUUCUCGUAUUGGAUUGUUGUCCAAAACCUCAGUGUAUAGCAUUAUGCGCGAGCGACCUUCCGUUGUUCUGCAUAUUGCCAAUACUGUUGUGAAGAGGCUCUCGCCGUUUGUACGACAGGUCGACUUCGCUUUGGAUUGGGUAUUUUUAGAGUCCGGCCGUGCUGUGUAUAGGCAAGAUGAAGAAUCCGGUUCGACGUUUAUAGUUUUGAGUGGACGACUCCGGUCGGUCAUCACACAUCCGAAUGGAAAGAAAGAACUGGUUGGGGAAUACGGAAAAGGCGAUUUAGUUGGAAUCGUGGAAAUGGUAACUCAAACCCGUCGUAGUACAACAGUUAUGGCGGUGAGAGAUUCCGAAUUGGCAAAAUUACCGGAAGGGCUCUUCAAUGCGAUCAAGUUGCGGUUCCCGGUGGUUGUGACUAGGCUUAUUAACCUACUGGGACAUAGGAUCUUGGGCUCGUGGCAGAAACCGACGGCGGGUCUAGGUGGCGCGGCGGCGAUCGAAUCCCGACCCUCCCAACAUAACUUCUCAACUGUGGCCGUAGUUCCAGUUAGCGAUGAUGUACCCUUAACAGCCUUCACUUAUGAGCUUUAUCACUCCCUUUGUGCUAUAGGUCCCACGGUCCGUUUGACCUCGGAUGUGAUAAGAAAACUCCUGGGCCUGACAAUAAUGGACCCCAACAACGAAUAUAGGCUCAGUUCUUGGCUCGCGCAACAAGAGGAUAAACAUAAGGUGGCUUUGUACCAAUGCGAUCCCAGCCUCACCCAGUGGACUCAGAGGUGCAUCCGUCAGGCUGACUGCAUUCUCAUCGUGGCUUUGGGAGACAAGCAACCGAGUAUUGGAAAGAUAGAAAAGGAAAUCGAGCGUCUAGCGAUCCGAACCCAGAAGGAGCUCGUCCUGCUGCAUCGCGAGGGCGGGGCCAACCCCACGGGGACGGUCCACUGGCUCAACAUGAGGACGUGGGUCAGUCAGCAUCAUCACGUCAGGUGCCCUCACAGGAUGUUCACACGCAAGAGCCAGUAUAGAAUUAGUGAACUGUACAGCAAAGUGCUGAUGUCAGAAGCGAGCGUCCACUCCGACUUCAGCCGUCUGGCUCGUUGGCUCACGGGCACCUCCGUGGGGCUGGUUCUGGGCGGGGGCGGAGCUCGAGGAGCCGCCCACGUCGGGAUGGUGAGGGCCAUACAGGAAGCCGGUAUCCCGAUAGACAUGGUGGGCGGAGUCAGUAUCGGGGCGUUCAUGGGCGCCCUCUGGUGUAUGGAAAGGAAUAUCACUACUGUUACGCAGAAAGCGAGGGAGUGGUCGCAGAAAAUGACCCAAUGGGGAAAACAGCUGCUGGACCUCACAUACCCAGCCACGUCAAUGUUCUCGGGGCGACAGUUCAACACCACGAUAAAGGCCACCUUUGGCGAAGUACACAUCGAGGAUCUGUGGCUGCCCUAUUUCACAGUAACGACAGAUAUCAGUUCCAGUUGUAUGAGAGUGCAUAGACACGGUUCUCUCUGGCGUUACAUUCGCGCUUCGAUGUCCCUCAGCGGCUACAUGCCCCCUCUCUGCGACCCCGUAGACGGCCACCUCCUUUUGGACGGCGGCUAUGUCAACAACCUCCCAGCCGAUGUGAUGCGAUCGUUUGGGGCGAAGCACAUAUUGGCGAUCGAUGUGGGCUCUCAGGACGAUACUGAUUUGACCAAUUAUGGCGAUGACCUGUCUGGCUGGUGGCUGCUUUGGAAAAGGUGGAAUCCAUUCACUAGUCCUGUGAAAGUGCCAAAUCUUCCAGACAUACAAAGCAGAUUGGCUUACGUCUCGUGCAAUCGGCAAUUGGAAGAAGUGAAAAAGUCGGACUACUGCGAGUACAUCCGACCUCCGAUAGACCAAUACAAGACGUUACAGUUCGGGUCUUUCGACGAGAUCCGCGAAGUCGGCUAUCGACACGGGACUGCGUACUUCGAGGGGCAGAGGAGGGGUGGAGGGGGUGGAGUCAGCGGGGCAGCGGCCGAACGACGCAAGCAUUUAGCCCAGCCCUCGCUCACUGACUACACAUUCACGGACCUUGCUCAAAUGGUCUGUUCGGUGAGAACAGCCCGCGACGGUGACAACGACUCCUCUUCUUCGUCAGACUAUGAGGAGGACCAGAGGCACUUCGAAGGUUACGCCUCGGAGCCCAGUGGUGGGAUAUUAGAGAUGUCGUCAAGCGUGGAAGGGGCAGCUUGGAUCAGCGACACGGAACUGGUGGGCACAUACUGACAGCACAAGAGUAGAAGGCCUACGAACGCGGCGUGUGGGAGGCUCGCUGUCUUUGUCUGAAGACGAAAUCGAUUCCGAGGCCGAAAUGUAUGAUCCUUUGAAUAAAAGGGGCGGGGCCAGGUGAGACCCGACUAUGCACGAUCUGUGCAAGGCCCUUUUUAAGUACGUGAGAGGGAGGGAGGCGUGUGAGUGAAAGGGAUGGAUAUUUUGUGUUGGUGCAGCUUCGAACACUUUUGUAGUGAUUAUUAGGCAAUAUAGAUAAAUUUCACUGUAUAAAAUGAUUUCACGCAAAAUUAUGACAUUAAAAAAAUAUGACUUCAAGUCUGUAGUUGUAUUUUCCUUGCUAUAGGUAAUUAAUUCGUUGGAAAACUGGUUAUGUAUAUAGAAUAUAUAUUUUUAAUAUUUUCAGUUUAAAACACCUGUCAUAAUAUUUCAAUACUUUAAAAUUAUAAAGGAAUUUGUAGGCUUUCUUAGAAAAGGGUCACACGUACGCAAUGUACUGAGGCAGUUAAUAUUAGGUAUUUAUUCAUAUA